GCCAUCCGAAGCUCCGGAUUCAAUCGACCGUGCAAUCUCCACCUCCGCAACCUCGUCAAUUUUAAACUCUCUUCCUCUUCUUUUUCCUUUCUCUUCCCUUUCCCUCCGUCGCCGCGCGUCUAGUCAUCUAGCGAUGGUUCUAAUAUCGUAACCUCGUUACCAUUGUACCCGGAGAUCGAUAUAGAAGACGACAUAGAAGACGACAAAUCCCCGCGCGCGGGUCAUCCGACGAAGCCAUGACUCUCAUCGAUUUACGCGAUAUUUUGAGCUUCCCGACUGGCGACAACUCAACCGACACCGUAAUCAGUGGCAUCCAUUUCAACUUGACGACCCUUGAUUACUGGAAUUAUACGUAUUAUCCUACGAAUAGUACACUUUCCAAUGGAUCAUGGUGUUUCCUUGUCGAUUCGCCUUAUACCCCGGUCGGACUUUUACCCAACGGUACCUUUCUCAAUAGUACUUGGUGCUAUCUAGCAACGCAACCCAUUGGUAAUCGUGCGCGUGCCGGAGUUGGAUUUGCGGUGGCCUUUGCCUUGUCCCUGAUAUUCGUAUUCGUAAAUUUGAAGAAACAUGGAGAACUACAUCUUCCGGCGGAGAAGAGAUUCUAUCCGAUAGGAAGGCGAUGGCAAUGGUAUUGGUCAAUAUUCGUUUGCGCUGCGGCACUUGUCGGCCUUUUUACCGGCAUUGAUGUUGACCGAUAUCGUGUCGUCGAACUUCCUCUCGUUUUGAAUGUCUUCUUCUGGUUCCUCAUGCAGAUGGGUAUUAUGGCCGUUGUUUGGGAGGGAGUGCGACAUUGGGGUAGUUGGAUGGAACGUCAAUUCAUUGAUCCAAACCCGUUUGUCCUCCAGCAGAAUGACAAGAGAGGGAUGUUUGAAUUUUGGCUGCCAUUAUGGUUCUAUCUAUGGCUAUGGCUGAAUUUCUUUUUAAUUGUCCCGAGAAAUUGGGGUAAGAUUGAGUUACAGCGCUCUGCUGAACAGGCGAUAGAGAAUGCGAUACCGGCUGCUACGGAUGUCCGUUUCAAGACGGCAACAUUCUGCCUCUUCGUUUGUUGGUUGACGAUUAUGGUAUCUCUCUGGCAUUCUAUUCGGCAUUAUGAACCUCGCAAUCGUGGAUUCUUUAACCGCAUCAUUGGGUUUUUGGGAUAUAUGCCAUUCCGGUUUGUCCUAAUGGUUCCACUUUCAUUGGCUGUUGUCGCGUACCAGGGUCUAUGCGCCUGGGAAUUCUACCUGUCGCCUCUGAAGGUCGGGACUAAUCUACUUGCGAUGUACCUUGGAGGAUAUGCACCAACCCUCUUAAUCAUCAUCAUCCAAAUCAUUGCCGGCUUUAUGCGCCCGAAUGAGGAUCGCGAGCUCUCGCGCCAGCGACGAGAACGCGGGCAGGAUAUUGACCAAGAGCUCGGCUUCGUUCGUAAGCCCGCUUGGUGGCGUCGUGCCAACGGCGAUAUACCAUCCGAAAACAUGCGAGAUCGCAUCAUGCGGAACGUACGAGAAGUCGGAGGUGGACGGCCAACCGCAACACAGAUCGAAAUGCUAGCAGAGCGGAGAGCUGCGGAAGCUGAGGCUGAAGCGGGGCCAAACACCAAUCGCACAAACGCGAUAGAAAUGGACGAGAUGCGACGCACAAAUAGCAUUAAUAGUAGCGUCCGGGGAGCAGCUGUCCCGCCACCGUACACGCCUUAUGGGGGCAGGUCGGACCAGCGAAGGUCUGAGCGAACGAUGCAGGUGGCGGCCAGUCUCCUGUUCCCGGGUGCGAAUCCUGAGGUUUCUGCAGGUAGAGGUAGAGGUUUAGAGAUGUCUACCGAACAGCCUCGACGCCCAGGUACGAGCGAGAGAAGCUCAAGCACGAAUAGCGGACAAUCCACAAACGUGCCUCCCCAGCAGAUUAAGAGUAUGUUGGAUGUAUAAGUACCUACUAGGUACGUAAUUUAAGACCAUGGGUAUCAUGUUGGAAUGAUAUGGAAUAGGUGGUACAACUGAUUGGAUUUUAUACGGAGGGUUCGUGACGAUUGAACGCGGCGUGGGAAUUGGAACCUGAUGUUAACAUUCAUUAAGCGACUGGUUGGUUGGGCCAUGGGUUAAGCUUCACCCGGAAAGGUCAAAACGGAAAUAUUCGGGUUAAACGCGAUAUGCUUCAUCUUCAUCGUUCAAAUC